UGAUAUUCGUUCUUUCACUUCCGGUGCCGGUUUCUGUAAGCAAGGGCGAAUAACGAUGGCAAGUCCAGUGGCUAAAGUUGCUAAAGCUGUGUGCCGUGUUGGCAGUCAGUUGCAGAAUUUGACAGCUCCAGCAACUAUAAAUGCAACACAGAAAAGACAUUAUGGCCAGGGAAGUCGUAUCAAGGUCGCUAACCCAGUUGUGGAACUGGAUGGAGAUGAAAUGACAAGAAUCAUCUGGGAAAAAAUUAAGGAAAAGUUGAUUUUCCCAUACCUUGAUGUUGACUGCAAGUAUUAUGACCUUGGACUGCCAUAUCGUGAUGCCACAGAUGACCAGGUGACCAUUGACUCUGCUGAGGCGAUCAGAAAGUACAAUGUUGGUAUAAAAUGUGCCACCAUCACUCCUGAUGAACAAAGAGUUGAAGAAUUCAAGCUGAAGAAGAUGUGGCUGAGUCCCAAUGGAACUAUCAGAAACAUUCUUGGUGGAACAGUGUUCAGGGAACCAAUCCUCUGUCAGAAAAUCCCCAGGCUGGUACCUGGCUGGACUGAAGCAAUUGUGAUUGGCAGACACGCCCAUGGUGACCAGUACAAAGCAACAGAUAUGGUAUUUGAUGGUCCUGGCAAGUUCCAGGUCAGCUGGACACCAGAGGGUGGCUCUGAGACCAAGACUGACGUAUUCACAUUCAAGAAUGGUGGCGGCUGUGGUAUGGCCAUGUACAACACUGAUGAGUCGAUCACAGGAUUUGCCCAUGCAUGUUUCCAGUAUGCUAUUAUGAAGAAAUGGCCACUUUACAUGAGCACCAAGAACACAAUUCUAAAGCGUUAUGAUGGAAGGUUCAAGGAUAUCUUUGAGGAGAUCUACCAAGCACAGUACAGACCAGAGUUUGAGAAGCUCGGAAUCUGGUACGAACAUCGUCUUAUUGAUGAUAUGGUUGCCCAGGCUCUCAAAUCAAGUGGUGGUUUCGUUUGGGCCUGUAAGAACUAUGAUGGUGAUGUACAGUCUGAUGUGGUAGCACAGGGCUAUGGAUCACUUGGUUUAAUGACAAGUGUACUUGUGUGCCCAGACGGUAAAACCAUCGAGGCCGAGGCAGCUCACGGUACAGUCACACGUCACUACAGAGAACACCAGAAGGGAAACCCAACGAGCACCAAUCCUGUUGCCAGUAUUUUUGCCUGGACAAGAGGUUUGGAACACCGAGGCAAAUUGGACGGUAAUGAGGAAUUACAAAGAUGGGCUCUCACGUUAGAGAAAGCCUGUGUAGACACAGUAGAUAGUGGAAAAAUGACCAAAGAUCUGGCAGGAUGUAUUUAUGGACUCAAGAACGUGAAGCCGGAACAGUAUCUGUACACAAUGGACUUCCUCGAUGCCAUUGACGAGACUUUCCAGAAACUUCUAAAAAAUUGACCAUAGCCAACUCAUAGACAUUUUUGAAUCUUAAAUAAUCAUGUUGCAGCUAGCCUUACAAGAAUUAUUGCCCAUGGACUUAAAUUCAUUAUGGCUAUUACAUUAUUAUACUUGUGUGAAUUUAUAUAUGUGUGUGAACAGAAUAGACUGAAUAAUAUUGUUGCCAGUUACAUUUUUGUUGAAUCUACAGAUAUACGAGGUUAUUUGUAAAUUUGCUUGUCAUAUUAUCUGAUAUAUAAAUUAUGUGUUUUUAUGGCACUUUAAACAAAAAAAUGGUGACCCAGCAUUCUCGGUAAUUAUCAUUUUUGCAUUCCUUUUUUUGUACACCUAUAUACCAGUAGUUAAUAUGCCUUAUUCACCUCUUUUCAAAAUGAGAUACAAGCUAGUCAUAUGCUUAUGUUUUCAUUCUGCAGAGCAGAUAUGGCAGUGUAGUCAAUGGAUUGUUUGAUAAAUAAACACUGAAGUUAGAUGUAUAUUACUGUAAACAUUAUAGCAAGGUAAAUGUCCGAAUUAAAGCUGUACAGUAAUCAUUUAAAUGCUCAGUAUACAAAUAUAAUUACAUUUCUUGAUAAUUCAGAGACAGAACAAGAAUGUUCUUGCAUGUAUUAAAGUAGCGAGAUACCGGUGCAUGUGAAGAUGUAGGUAUUGUACUGGCAACAAUGGAUCAGGGAUAUUUUUUUGAAAUUGUUUGUUGACUAACAAGUCUUUGAAGAAAAAAACAAUAAAAGAAUUGUCAAAACA